UUUAGGGUUAUUUUGAAUAAAACUUACUAUAAAAAAAGAUACUCAGCCUUGUGAAGCUGCAAAGUAUUUUUAUUCUGGCACAAAAGUUAAGUAAACAAGUAAGCUGUUGUUUGCAUAAGUAAUCUCCCCCUUUGCUGUCACAUGCCUAAAUAAACUUUGAUCCAACAGACUGCAUCCAGAAGUCACAUAUUAUAGUUGGAUGGAGUCCACCUGUGUGCAGUUACAGUGCUGUAUGAUAUGAGGUUAAGUACACCUGUUUCCAGAAGGACCGAAAUUUGCUGGAUAGCAUGGAGAGUACACAGCACCAUGAAAACCAAGUCCCAGUCAAAGCUCAGACCUCAGUCUGAUUUAGGAUCUCUGGCAGUCUUGAAUAUUGUUGCUCAUGAAUCAUCCCCAUCUAAUAUAACAGCUGGAGGAGUUUUGCCAGAAAGAAGAGGCAAAUAUUACAAACUUGACCGUUGCAGUUGUGCAAACUUACCCCUAAACACUAGUAGUUGCACUUGCUAGCAAAGAUGCUUCAACCACGUAUUGACUGGAGUCGGGGGAAUAUUGAUGCCACCAGCAAAAGUCAGUUUGUUUGUUUUUUCAUUUCCUCAACUUUUGUGCUUCAAGAGAACUAUUUUGCACAUUGACAGUGUUGAAUAUCUUGUGUACAUCAAGUGGUAACAAUGUCAGUUAAAAUUAUUAUGAUUAUUUCAACAAAACAAAAUAUGAAAAAGUGAAAGAAGGUUGACUUCUGCAAAGCACUGUAUGUGAACUGGUUUCUCCUAGUGACAUCAUGUGGUGAUGACCCAGAAUUGUUCUUUCUUCCAUGGACAGAGGAGCCCGCAAAAGGAAAGAGUGAGGAAUCCUAGUUUGCCAGGCAGGCUGCAUUUUGGAGAACCUCAACCAAUAUCUAGGACAACUGGAUUUCAUCAUGCCACUUGACUUGGGAGCAAAGGGCAGUUGCCACAUUGGAGGGAAUGUAGCCACAAAUGCUGGUGGCUUGAGACUUCUGCGGUAUGGCUCUCUCCGAGGGACAGUCCUGGGACUAGAAGUGGUACUAGCUGAUGGCUCCAUUCUGAACUGUUUAGCUUCUCUGCGGAAGGACAACACUGGCUAUGACUUGAAGCAGCUUUUUCUUGGGUCUGAAGGGACCUUGGGGAUUAUCACUGCUGUGUCCAUCCUCUGCCCACCAAAACCCAAAGCUGUGAACCUGGCAUUUCUUGGUUGUCCAGGUUUCUCUCAUGUCCUGAAAACCUUCACCACCUGCAGGGGUAUGCUAGGAGAGAUCCUGUCUGCUUAUGAGUUCAUGGAUAAUGAAUGCAUGAAGCUGGUUGAAAAACACUUGAAACUGGCCAACCCAGUGGCAGAAAGUCCUUUCUAUGUGCUAAUUGAGACAUCGGGUUCCAGUUCUGUCCAUGAUGAGGAAAAACUGAGUCAUUUCCUGGAACAUGUCAUGGCAUCUGAGUUGGUGGUAGAGGGAACUCUGGCCUCAGAAGAUAAAAAAAUUAAGGCACUGUGGGCUUUACGGGAACGGAUCACAGAAGCCUUGACAUGUGAUGGAUUUGUUUUCAAAUAUGACAUUUCGCUCCCUGUGGAAAGACUAUAUGAUCUUGUAACUGCCAUGAGGACAAGACUGGACAAAAGUGCCAAGAAUGUGGUGGGCUAUGGCCAUCUAGGAGAUGGAAACCUGCACCUGAAUAUUACAGCAGAAUCCUAUAGCCAUUCUCUGCUAGCAACCAUUGAACCAUAUAUAUAUGAAUGGACUUCUCAGUAUCAUGGCAGUAUCAGUGCAGAGCAUGGUCUGGGGUUCAAGAAGAAACAAUACAUCCACUACAGUAAACCAAAAGAGGCAGUUCUUCUCAUGCAACAGUUCAAGACCAUGUUGGAUCCCAAAGGAAUUCUAAACCCUUACAAGACUUUACCAGUCAGGUCUGCAUGACUGCACCUAUGGGAAAAAUGUUAUACUUUCUGCAAUUGUAAAUGGAGGUUUCCUUCGCCACUUAUUCAUUCUGAAAAAAAGAAGCUGGAUUAUCUUCUCUACUGGCUAUCAGUUUAUAUACUCUGAACCAUUUGGAAAGCAAGGAGCAUUUGUAGUUUGAAACUUGUCUAAGGAUUUUACCUUCAAGUUUUCAGAUACCUUCUUAUUUUCAGGGCUUUGUUCUUAUCUGCACACUACGACUGAAGAUCCCAUGACCAUAAAGAUAGGAGCUGGGAAUCCAGCAAACAUGAGUCCCAGCCAGUGUGGCCAAUGAUCAGGGAUGAUGAAAGUUGUAACCUGUCAAAUGUUCAUUGGACCACAAUUUCUUCACCCCAACUCUGUAGAGUAUGAAAGCUACAAAUACUUCAUAGGAUGAAGUUCAUAGGAUGACUCACGGCUUGGAAACAUAAUUUAGAGGAGAAAAUGACAGACUUUGGGCAUGUCAGCUUGUCUUGGCUUCCAUCACCAUGGUCACAUAUAUUCAAAAUACAACCAACUGAUUAUUCAAGGUCCUCGUAGGAGUGUAUAUUUUCUGCUUGAAAUUAACAGAGGAAACAGGGUUUUUUCUUGGAAACAAUAAAUAUGUACAGAAAAUA